AUGCAGGUUCUUGCGCACAGGCUUCUUUUCAGCAGAGCUUCGCCUUCGGAACCCAAACCUUCUUUUGCCGCCGUUCUUUGCCAAUCAAACAUGUACGACCAGGGCUUGCCUCUCGCCUACACACACCUGUGCUAUGCUUCUGGGAUUUUACUUGUUCUCUAUCUUCUCCGAAUUCGGUUCAUACGGUUGUCUGGGUAUCCUCUCCCACCAGGACCGGCAAAGCUGCCUGUGGUCGGUAAUCUCUUCAACAUGCCAUCGAGUUUCGAAUGGGAAGUGUUCCAUCGCUGGAGCAAGCAGUAUAAUUCAGACAUAAUUCAUGUCAGUGUUCCUGGCACAUCCCUCAUUAUCCUCGACUCGUUGAAAGCUACCACCGACCUCCUCGACAAGCGAUCAUCCAUUUAUUCAAGUCGACCCAAGUUCACUGUGAUUAGUAAAGUCAUGGGAUUCUCCUGGCUUCUCCCUUUUAUGCCAUAUGGGCCGUCAUGGAAGGAACGGCGGCGUCUACUUUCCCGCUACUUCCAUCCUUCAAAUGACAAACUCCAUAAGCCCGUCGAGAUCGAAUAUGCCAGAAAACUUCUUCUACUCCUCCUGGAAGAUCCAGAACAUUACCUACAACACCUAAACCACGCCGUCGGCGGUUGUCUGCUUUCAAUGACUUAUGGAGAUAGCGCGAGACAGCCAGGACAACAUCACCUCAGGCUCGCCGAAGAAGUCGGCCGAUGUUUGUCAGAUGGAGUAGUCCCCGGAACAAUGCUCCUCGAUGUCAUUCCUUCUCUCGCCCGCAUUCUCUCGCCGGUGCUCGUCGGACCGCGCUUCAAGAAAUCAGAGCAAGAAUGGGAAGCUCUCGUUUCCAGAUUUCGGGAUGUUCCCUUCCGCGAUGCGGAAAAUUCGAGGAUGGAAGGUUCAGCUUCUCCCUCGUUUGUCUCCGCUGCGCUGGACCAACUGCCUGUGAGUGAAAACAAUGAACAGCAGCAUAAAAUCAUCAAAGAUGUCGCGGGUAUUAUUUUCCUCGGUGGCUCUGGAACAAUGGGUUCAGCCCUACACACCUUCUUCCUUGCCAUGACACUCUUCCCGGGCUCCCAAGCCAAAGCGCAGGAAGAGCUUGACCGAGUCGUUGGACAAGCCCGACUUCCGAACUUCGAUGACGAGCCCUCUUUACCGUAUCUCAGUGCAUUGAUUAAAGAAGUCAUUCGUUGGCGGGCUGUCGGUCCACUGGGACUACCGCACGUCCUCGAAAAAGAUGAUGUAUACAAUGGAUAUUUCAUCCCGGCACAAUCAGUCGUUCUGAGCAAUAUGUGGGCCAUUCUCCACAAUGAUAAUGACUAUCCAGACCCAGAGACAUUUCAGCCCGAGCGCUUCUUGAAAGACGGAUGUCUAGAUACAUCUGUUCGUGAUCCAGCUGAUGUGAUUUUCGGCUUCGGUCGUCGGGUAUGCCCUGGGGAACACAUCGCGCGUUCUACGAUGUACAUAAUUAUCGCAUCCGUCUUGUCUACAUUCAAUAUUGCGACACCUGUCGACGAAAAAGGUGUUCGCAUCGAACCUGGUGGAGAGUAUCAGUCAGGUAUCACUUUCCAGCCGCUGCCUUUCAAGUGUGCCAUUACGCCGCGCCAUGACAAGGCGGAGGCGCUUAUUCGUGGGGUUGAUGCAUGA